AAGUUUCAAACCACACAAGAGAAGGAGGAGGCAAUGGCGGUCUUAUCCACCAUCUUCUCCAUCACCAGAGCUUCAACGCCUCUUAUGGCGUCUCUAACUAAUGACUCACCGUCUCCACUUCCUUCUCCGUCGAAGAAACCGGCAAACCUAAGCAAAGUGAGCAAACAAAUGGGAAAUCAAAAGCAGCAAUUACGGAAGCAGCGACGAGGCAACAAGCCUUCGAUAGCUCAGAUCGAGCGAGCAUUUGGCGCUGGAUCAUAUCGUGAUUCCGAAGGGGAAAUGGAUAUGAAUACGGUAUUCGAUGAGCUUCUAUUAGGCCAUGCUAAUAAAUUCGAAAGUAAGCUGGAGAAGAAGCUACGAGAGAUUGGCGAAAUCUUCGUAGCUCGAACAGAGCCUAAGCUUCGUUCUUCUGGGAAACCAGUUUUGAUGUUUACACUUCAAUGGAUUCUUCCCAUAUGGAUUAUGUCUCUGCUCAUAGCUUGUGGAGUUAUCAAACUCCCUUUUAGCCUCCCAUUACUUGAUGACUUGAUCAUGUGAUUCUACCACAACACACUUAAUUAUAUAUAUACUAUACCAUGUCUCGUUACUUCUACUUCUAGUGAUCUUAUGAUAGAUAGCUUGAUAAAUGCAUCUGUAGUAUUAACCCAUUUACGCGA